AUGAAAGUACAGCUCCUUCGCCCAAAUGACCUCCGGUGUCGCCGGAAAACGCUUCCAAAGGGCGGAGAUACCCAAAAUCUUGCCAGAGAAAAACGGCGAGUUGACCGGAAUGAAUUAGUGGGUUUUGUUCCUCUCUCCAUGCUGGUUCCAAGGGUAUCAACCACUCGUCAAGAGGUGGUCGGAGUUGGCCGGAAAACACAGUCAAAGUUGACGGACCAAAUCUUUGACUGGCAAUUUCGAACGAUUGACGGCGAGUUGGGCGGUGCCGCUUGGCAGUUGAGGUCGCCGGAGCAAGGCAAAACCGAUGAGCUGCCGCGCCAAAGUCAGGAUAUUAUGCAAGAAAAUUGGAACCUAAAGAAGUAUACAACUAAACUUAAGAGUCGUCAACGACGUCAAGAUGUAUUGCUCAGUGCUUUGUUGAAGCAGAUCAUCAUUAUGCAAGAAGCUCGUUGUUUAAUCUCCAACAACGUUGGCUCAGUUGACCAUGAUCAUCCCAAUAUAUACAAUAUCUUUGUAGGUUCAUGGAACGUUGGUGGUGCCUCACCACCUGAUUAUAUGAAAGAUUUCAAUGACUGGCUUAGCAGUAACUGCAGCUAUGACCAAACACCUGCCGAUGUCUAUGUUUUCGGGUUUCAAGAAAUUGUUCCACUGAAUGCUCGAAAUGUUAUAGUGUCAGAAAAUAGCAAGAUUUGCACCAAGUGGAAUUCUCUGAUCUGGGCAGCUCUUAACAAAAAAACAACAAGUAGUAGUGUAGUAGAAGAAGAAGAUAAUAACAUUAGAGGAGGAGAGACUCAGAAAGUUUAUCCAAUAAAAGAAGAUCACAAUAAUAACAUUUCUAAUAAAUCUAAUAACCUAAUUGGAAGCAGCAGCAGCAGCAAUAGUAAUCAUAGAGGUGAAUUUGGAUGCUUUAUUAGUAAACAAAUGGUUGGAAUUUUCAUAAGCAUUUGGGUUAGAAGCAAUCUUCGUCCCUAUAUUACCAAUCUAAGUGUUGCACGUGUUGGUUGUGGCCUCAUGGGUUACCUAGGAAACAAGGGUUCAGUGUCCGUACGAUUUUUGUUGCAUGAAACAAGUUUCUGCUUUGUGUGUUGUCAUCUAGCUUCGGGUGGAAGAGAAGGAGAUGAGAGGCAUAGAAAUGAAAACGCAGCUCAAAUUUUGUCACUCACCACCUUCAUUACUCCAGCCACUACUUCCCAUGAUUUCCCAAGAAAAAUUCUUGAUCACGACUGUGUAAUCUGGCUUGGAGAUUUGAACUACAGAAUCCAGUUGCCGGAGGACUUGACUCGUCUUCUUGUAGAAAAGAAAGAGUGGAAUAUUUUAUUAGAAAAUGACCAGCUUAAAGUGGAAAUGUCGGAGGGACACAUAUUCGAGGGUUGGAGUGAAGGAGAAAUAAACUUUGCACCUACCUACAAAUACAAUUCUAAUUCCGAAGCUUAUUUUGGGGACCAAAAACGCCAAAAGAGGCGUGCUCCCGCUUGGUGUGAUCGCAUAAUAUGGUUGGGUAAGGGACUGAAGCAAAAAGAUUAUGGUAGAAGUGAAAUUCGAUUAUCUGAUCACAGACCUGUUCGAUCCUUUUUUACCUAUCACCACCAUUAA